AUGCUAAUAUUGACCAACCUUAGUGCGCCUCGUGCCGUCAUCGGAAGGAACAGGUGCGGUGCGACCGACGGGAUCCUUGUUCUCACUGUUUGCGAACGGGCAAGAAAUGCUUGUUUCCCGCAGGGUAUAAACCGAGGAAGAAGCGCCAAAGCUUGCCGGGCUCUGUUAGAGAGUUUUGGCAGAACGACCUUACAGGAUGUCGCUUCACCGUAUUCCCAGCCCUCGACUAUCGCGGUCUCAGCACCGAAGGCGACCAUGAUCCGAUCGCCGGACGCCCUUAGUAACGGUGGCAAACGGAACCAACCUUCAGAGUCAGAGUUGGAGGGCGAGUCAUCGCUUUUCACGCAAGCUGGGCACGUGACCAAGUUUCUUCAGGAUGCCGUUCAGAGCGAGCAUGCCAUGCACGCAGCCUCGCCCGAGGCUUUGCAGGCUCUUGACACGCUUCGUGAGGCGAGCGAAACGCGAGGCAUGGUCGUGCCUGGGGACUCGGUCGGUAACAUGUACCCACAUGCAACGCCGUCGUUGCGCGGUUCGGGGGUCGGCGACAAUGGACCGAGGCCCAUGCCCCCGAUAGAGAUGGCCGUGGCAUGUUUGCGGAAGCUGAAAACCAACCCUCGCGUCAAGUUUUUCUGGGCUCUAGAGUUCCAGUCCACGGGCGAAUUCAUCGAACACCUUCUCACGGUAUAUUCGACCGAUCAAGCUACCGUUGCCGACCACAUCAUUGUCAAUGCGGGCCUUUACUGGCUUCUCGUCGAAUGCAGUAAUAUAGUAGAUAGCCAGGCGCUGACCACCGAGUACACGAGGCAGUCGAAAGCUUCGUACAUGCUCGAGCGGUGCAAGCCAUCAGUAGCCUGGGGGUUCAUCGUCGCUGCCUCACACAAGAGCCAGCUGCUCGGCUUCCACAGAUUGGCCACUCCGGGCCGCGCGCGAGCAGCACCCAAGAAACGCAGCACGCGGAUCUUCUGGGUCAUCUACAUUACAGAGAAGAUGCUUUCUCUCAGGCUGGGGCGUCCAUCAACCAUACGGGACAUCGAUAUUAGUGUGCAGCUGACAGCUGACGUGCUCGACUCGGACGGCGCCGUGCUUCCCAUUCCGGCGAGAUGGGUUCACAUCGCGCAGCUGCACGGGAAAGUGUACGAAGAGAUCUACAGCCUAAGCGCGCUGGGACAGGCCGAAGGUGUCAGAAUCAUUCGGGCCAAGUCGCUGGCAGAUGAGCUUUUUAGGGUUUAUCAUGCCCCAUCCCCGUCUGAGACUUGCCUCGAGGUUGCGAGGCGCCAGGCUCUUGGGGAGUCGCUGCAUGAGCUAUUCACGCGGGCGUUCCACGUCUCAUACCUGUCACUGUUGACGCUCAUCUACCGCGGCAUCCCAACGGACGGUGCAGCAGGGAAUGUCGCAUUCUGCGAUGAGUGCAUUGUGACGGCUCGACAGGCGAUGGAGGAGCACGGUCGUUGUAUUCGGCUGUUGAGGGAGCAGACAGACAAUGUGCAUGCGUUCUACAUCUCCUGGAUACUUCUCAUGUCUCCCUUCGUCCCGUUUACCGUACUCUUCUGCCACGUGAUCCAGACGUCCGAUCCAACCGACCUCGAGCACCUAAAGUCCGUGGUCGAGGUCUUGCAAUCGAUGCCCGCCAGCUACGUGGAGACGUACAGCAAGCAGCACCGGCUGUUCAAGCACUUCUAUGACGUUGCAAGUCGGUACGUCGAGGUCAAGGCGAGCGCGCGGGAGACCCACCCGGAUGGCAGUUUCGAGAGACUUGUUCGCGAGUCGGAUCUCAGAUUGCCAAUCCAGCCGUCUGGCAUUGACGCGGCGGAGACUGGGGGUGAUUUUUUAACAAUCCCUGGUGCUUCGAGUACUUUCGCCGGGACAGAGCAAAUGGAUUUUGGGGGUGCACAACUGGGGGAUUGGUAUGCUCAGAAUCAAGACAUGUUAAGGAUGAUGGAGGGUGAUUUUCAUGGAUACAUAGACCAGAGAGACGCUUAG